AUGGCUAAAAAUACACAAGAUAAAGAGGAAAAGAAAAACUUUUGGGUUAAUACAGGUAUCGCAGGAGGUAUAUCAGGAUGUGUAGCAAAAACUAUUAUUGCACCACUUGAUCGGAUUAAAAUUUUAUUUCAAACAUCUAAUCCAGAUUAUAUAGAGUAUUCAAAAAUGAGAUUCGGUUUUGUACAUGCAGGGAUAAAUAUAUGGAAAAAUGAGGGAAUAUUAGGAUUAUUUAAAGGACAUUCUGUGACACUUAUUCGUGUUUUUCCAUAUGCAUCUAUUAAAUUUCUUACUUAUGAAAAAUAUCGAGAUCUUUUAAUUCCUAAUAUGAAUUUUGAUACAGGAUUACGAAGAUUUGCAUCAGGAUCUCUUGCUGGUUUAACUUCUGUCUUAUUUACAUACCCAUUAGAUAUUAUACGAGUUCGUUUAGCCUUUGAAAUACGAUCAAAAGAACAUACUUCUUUAAAAAAAAUAUGUAAAGGUAUUUUUAGAGGGUACAAUUCUUCAGUUAUUCAUAUUGAUCCUUCAAAAAAAUCAUUUUAUUAUUAUUUUAAUACAUCUUUGGGAUUUUUUAACUUUUAUAGAGGUUUUACACCUACACUUAUAGGAAUGCUUCCUUAUUCUGGUGUUUCUUUUUGGGCGCAUGACUUUAUUGUAGAUUUUUUCAGAAAUAAAGCAUUUCAAAAAUAUACACUUAUUGCUCAUAAUACUAGUAAUAUAACCUCAGAAGAUAUCUAUUCUUUAGAAAAUACUCUUGAUUUCAAUCAAGGCUUUCGUUAUAAACGAACUCCACUUAAGGCUUGGGCUGAACUUACUGCUGGUGGAUUGGCUGGAUUGCUUUCUCAAACCAUUGCAUACCCAUUAGAAGUAAUUCGGCGUAAAAUGCAGGUCUCAGAGAUCAAUAACAUACAUUCAAGAAAUGGUAUAUACGCAACAGCGCUUGAAAUUUGGAAUAAAUCGGGUUAUAAAGGCUUUUUUGUUGGAUUAACUAUUAGUUAUAUUAAGGUAAUAUUUUUAUUUUGCAAAUAA